AUGUGGCCGGCCCCUCCGCUCCGAAGUUCCUGGCCGAGUGCGCUGCAGCCGCUUCAGCCGCCGUUGCAGCAGAGGGCGUGCAGCUCGACAUCGCCGCACUUCACUCAUGCUGCGCCCGUCGCAGUCGCAGUGGCUCUGGCGGCCAAGCCCUUCUGUCGACAUCGCGGCGUAGCGCGGGCCACCACUGCGCCAGUGGAGGCGCGAGCCGCUGUCGUUCUUCGUGGCGACGUGCUGCCAGAGCUGCAUGCGGCCCUCCGCGGGUCGGUGGAUGUGGCAGCGAUCAAUCGGCUUCUGCACGUCUGUGGGCAGCGCAAGUGGCUGGACGAGGUCACCGCGAUUCAAGCGGCCAUGCAAGACCUCGAGCCCUCCGAGCUUGAGAUACCGGCCGCGGUGGUCAGCGGAUUCUGCAAAGCCGCUGCGAGGUGCCUGUCAGGCUUGCGCUUGCAGCGGGACGCCCGUAGAACCAAAUGCGCUGAGGUCCUGGACCGAGCGCGCUUGCUGUGGCAAGCGUGGACUGAACACUGGCGAGAAGGAGAAGCCUGUGCCGACUUCGACACUGCCCUGGCUUCGGCCUUGCUCUUGUGUGAUGCCGUACGCAGCCCGACUGCGCUGGUUUGGGCUGAGGAGAUCUGGGAGCAGGCGAAGGCUCAAGCGGUGCCGAGGACGGUCGACUUGUACCUCGCAAUGCUGAGCAUACUCGAGUGGCAUCGUAGACACGAUGCAGUGGACGGCAUGCUGCUUCAGGACAUGGUUGAGGACGGGCUGACGCCGAAUGAGGAGGUUCUGGAGGAGCUCCUCAGGCUGGUCAGCAACCGCAAGGACUGGGAGCGCGCAGAUCUUUUGUGGAACUUUCUCGUGUGCAGCCACCACGUCCAACCCACGCCGAAGAGCUACGCAGCACAUGCGGAAGCUCACUUGCUGGCUGGGCGCCCUGCCAGUGCUGCCACCAUCGUAGAGGCUAUGCUUGACGCCGGCGUGGGCCCAAUCACUCCUGACACGAUUGCUGCUUACAUGCAGAUGUUGAUCGUGAUUUGCCACUCCGAUCCGACAUCCUCGAAUAUGGCGCGCUUGAGGGCUGCGAUGGAACUCGCGGAAGGCCUCCACACCACCGGGGUGGCAGCUAAGGAGCUGACCAAGCUGACGAAGGUUGCCGCGUUGCUGAUGUCGGACCCGUGCACACUGCCCUUUCGCCAAGUAUUGGUUGCGCAAGCAGCGCAGCGGAGUGUCAUGAAGGGCUGGCGCAACGCGCGUGGCGGCAGCUGCUAUGUGCGUCAGUAUCAUUGGGGGUUCAUGAAGGCCACGCACCACGUUCUACGGUGUGUGUGCUUCUACUGCUCCAAGCUGCUCGCGGAUCCGAAGGAUCUCAAGAUGCAGAAUGCCAUGAAGCAGGUCAGCAGAAAGAAGCGGCUGCAGGCCGUCAUGCUUUGCUGCAGGGCACGGCGGACGUGUAGUGUGAAGCAAGAGGAAGAGGCCCCGCCAGAUGGAGUGCCAGAUGGCGACGCCUCCAAGUUCAGAGGAGGUUGUGGGUAUCUGCAGCCUCGCUACUACGUAGACGCCACUGUUAUGAUGGUGGCCUUCCCGGAUAUUGACGGUCAGGAGGACAAAGGUCAAGAUCGAAAGAGGAUGAUGUCAGCGGACGAGACGCUGACGAUCUUCAAGAGAAUCAGCGACGUGGAUGUGAAGCGAAUGGGCUUCGACCCGGCGUCCGGCCAUCAUCCGAAGAGCCUGAUCUUGACACACCUUGCCAUCCCUCCUCCUCACGUACGACCGACCAUCUCCUUCGGUGCCCAGCGGAGCGAGGACUCUGAAAGCCCAGGCUGCUUGUUGGGAUACUGCUCUCGGUUGCCACGGAGGGUUUCCCGAUGGCAGGUUGAUACCACCAGGCCUGUGGUGGGCGACAUUGACCUGGUGGAGGCCCGAGUCCACUUGGCGGCGGCGCAGUAUCAUAGCAGCCUGGCCAAUGGAAAGCUCUUGCCACGCCCACCCGAUGCCCCGCGAGUGCGUCCUGCCAGGGCCUGA